AUCAAACUCUUCCAUUUCCUUUCAUCUCACAUAUAUAUAGAUACCAAAAAAAGAAAAGCAAAAACAAAAAAAGAGAAUGGGAUUUUGUUUGUGUUUAUCCUCGGGAGGGUCAACAGAUCGAAAUCAAAUUUAUGAGAUAACUGAUUAUGGACAAGAAAAUGCAGUUUUAUACUCUGAACAACACGAAGUUCCUCAAGACUUUGGAUCUGUCUCUUCUUUAGCUGGAGGCAAGGGCUUCAACCAAGAUGCUGCCAUUCUCCACCUGGGAUAUGGAACAGAAGAAGGAGCGUUAUGUGGAGUGUUUGAUGGGCAUGGAGAGAAAGGUGAAAUGGUGAGCAAGAUCGUAAGGAACCAAUUGCCAUCUUUACUGUUAGGUCAUAUGAAUAAUCAUUCAGUGACUCGAGACUGGAAACUCAUUUGCGAAACUGCGUGUUUGGCUAUGGACAAAAGAAUUCUUAAACUUAAAAACACUCUUGAUUGCUCUUCCUCUGGAACUGCUGCUGUUUUCGCCGUUAAGCACGGAAAUCAAGUGUUGGUGGCGAAUCUAGGAGAUUCAAGGGCUGUGAUGAUCGGAACAAGUGUGAAUGGAGAAACCGAGGUGGUUCAAUUGACCAGUGACCUGAAGCCAAGUGUCCCGAGCGAAGCGGAGAGAAUAAGGAAACGCAAUGGAAGGGUGUUAGCAUUAGAGUCAGAGCCUCACAUUCUAAGAGUAUGGCUUCCAAAUGAAAACCGGCCCGGUUUAGCCAUGUCUAGGGCGUUGGGUGAUUUUGUCCUUAAAAGCUACGGUGUCAUUGCGACUCCUCAAGUCUCUACGCAUCAAAUCACUUCUCGCCACCAAUUUCUGCUUCUUGCUUCCGAUGGGGUGUGGGAUGUACUUAGUAACGAAGAAGUGGCUACGGUGGUGUUAAAAUCGGAAAAUGAGGCAGGAGCGGCCAACGCAGUGACAGAAGCGGCGGCUAAUGCAUGGAGACACAAGUAUCCUACGGCUAAGGUUGAUGACAUCUCUGUCGUGUGCCUCUCUCUCAACAAGAGACAUUUUCCUCAGCCACAAAUAUAAUUUAAACAAACCCACUUGCGAAAAAAAAAAAAAAGACAAAUAAUGACUAAUCAAAGAUGGAUGACUCGACAGCUUACUCAGACUUCUGCGUUUUACCCUUGAGUGAGAAAGUAUAUUUAUUAUGUCAAUAUAUACCGUUGUAUGUUAAGUGGUGUGUUAAUUAGGAAAAAAAAAAAGAAAAAGAAAUGAUAGAUGUUAGGAGUGGUGUGUGUCGUGAGAUAAAAGCAACAAGGACUUUGACAUUUUGGACACACGUCGUGGGAAUCUUGAUGUAUCAUUAGUGAAUAGUUCAAAUUUUUAUUUCUAAGCUCUUAU